CUGGACCCGCUCCCCAAAAUCUGGGGGCGGUCUCUCAAAGCACCCCCAAAUGGGGUGCCCACCCUUUGGAGGGUGUUGGGGUGCCCCCAGGCCUGGUACGGUGCUCCCCCCCCCUGCAGAAGACCGUCCAGGAGGGCCUGGCUGCCCCCACAAAGCCGGCACCCCCAGCGCAGGGAGCUGGCUGCCGGGGGGCAGAGCUGUGGGGCUCGGUGCGGGGUGCGAGGGGGGGGGGGGGGGGGGGGGGACAAGGCCACCCCCAUCCCGUGCACUUCCUCCUGGCCGAGGUACAAAAGGAGAAGGAGCGGGGCGCGGCGUGGGCGCGGGGAGCAGCGAGCGGCCGGCGGCACCCCAGGGCACCCCAGGGCACCCCUGCCUUUGCAGAGCCCCCCCCCCGGGCUGGGGGACGGAGCCAUGGCAGGGGACGGGGAGCUCAACCGCGUCAUCAGGGACCUGCAGAAGACCAUCGGCGAGCUGAACCGCGGCUACCGGGAGCAGAACCUGCCGGUGACGGACGGCAGCCGGGAGCUGCACAGCCUCUGCGCCCAGCUGGAGUUCCUCCUGCAGUUUGACCUCAAGGAGAAGAAGAGCUUCUUCGGGCAGCGCAAGGACUAUUGGGACUUCUUGUGCCAGGGCCUGGCGCGGCGCCGGCAGGAGCACGAGGGCGUUCGCUUCGUCACCUCGCUGGACAAGCUGAAGACCCCCGUGGGUAGGGGCCGGGCCUUCCUGCGCUACUGCCUGGUGCACCGGCAGCUGGCAGAGUCCCUGCAGCUCUGCCUGCUCGACCCCGAGAGCCUCAGCGAGUGGUACUACGCCCGCAGCCCCUUCCUGAGCCCCCAGCGCCGGGAGGAGAUCCUGGGCAGCCUGUACGAGCUGGACGGCGUCACCUUCCAGCUGGCCCUGCGCAGGGCUGACCUGGACACCGCCUGGCCCAUGUUCUCUGAGACACUGGUGCGCCCCAGCAUGGCAAAGACGGCCCCACAGCCAGGCGAUACCGGCCCGGGGGCGCACGGGUGUGCCGAUGACACCUCGCAGCCCAUCGCAGCACCCCGUAGGGCACCAGCCCAGCCGAGCCCACCCGCCUCGGCUUCCCCACGAGCGGGGGGUGAGGAGGAGGAGGAGGACGUGGAGGGAGAGGAGGACGUGGAGGGGGAGGAGGACGUGGAGGGGGAGCUGGAUAUGGAGGAGGAUGAAAAGGAAGACCACGACGAUGAGAAGGAGGAGGACGAAAAGGAGGAGGAAGAGGAUGAAAAUGAGGAAGAAGAGGACAUCCCCAGCACCAUGGAGGUCCCCCAGCCUGGUACCAAUGGUGACCCCAUCCCAUCACCACCGCCCGGCACGGGGCUCAUGGCCGGCGCCCCGCCAGGGACGGAGGCAUCGCUGCUGGUGUCCCGGCUGCGUGCCGAGCUGUGCCGGCAGGAGGAGGCGGCGCGGGCGCUGGCGGCCCGGCUGGCGCGGGAGGAGCGGCGGCACCGGCAGCGGGAGGAGAGCAGCGCCCGGCAGGCCCGGCUGCGGGAGCGCGAGGCCGAGGCGCUGCGGGAGACCAACGUCUUCCUCAGCCGGGCGCUGGCCGAGGCGGGGGGCCCGCAGGCGCUGGCACGGGCGCAGGAGGAGGCCCGGAGGUGGCGGGAGGUGGCGGAGGAGCAGGGCGCCCGCCUGGCCGAGGCGCUGGGGGAGGCGGCGGCGUUGGCCUCGCGCCUGCAGGACUGCCAGGCCAUGCUGGAGGCGGGGGGACGGACAGACGCCCCGAAGGAUGCGGGCACCCCAGCCGAGGUGGCCGCGCUCGAGGAGGUGCUGCGGCGGGCGCUGGAGCUCGCCCGCGGUCCCCAGGACCCCACGAUGGACGGCCAGGGAGAGGGGGACCCCGGCACGGCCGCUGACGUGGCGAUGCGCCUGGCAGCCCUGGCCACGGCGGCGCAGGAGGAGGCUCGGCAGAGCCAGCGGCAGCUCCAGGCCCAGCGGGAGGAGGUGGCGCAGCUGCAGGAGCAGCUCAGCAGGGCCCGGCAGGACGGGGAGCGCUGGGCAGCGGCCCUGCAGCGGGCGCAGCGGGAGGCGCUGGAGCGGGAGGCCACGCGCGGCGCGGAGCAGGCGCGGCAGCAGGAGCUCAUCCGCGACAUGAAGGGGCGGCUGCUGGAGCUGCUGCGGGAGAAGGACGCCCUGUGGCAGAAGACGGAGGGCAUCGAUGCUCCAGCACCCAGCCCGGCGCCCCGCGAUGCGGGUCUGUGCGCCCGCUGCCACAAGGAUUUCCGCCUCCUGUCCCGGAGAUACUGCUGCAGGUGGGCUCCCGGGGACACCGGGGGGACAUGGGGACGUGGGGACACCGCACCAGGGUGGCACGGCCCUCACCGCACACCCGCUCUUGGCAGGCUGUGCCAGGGCAAGGUGUGCCACGCGUGCUCCGUCGACGUGGGCAAGCAGGGGCGGUGCUGCCUGCUCUGCUACCAGCAGAGGCACCCGGCGGCUACGUGAGUGCCGAGGGGGUCUGUCCUGAGGGGGUCUGUCCUGCUGCGCCUGGGGCACGGGGCCUGCGGGCAGGUCCUGGCACCCCAGGUGUUGGGGCUGAGAUGUUCUCCGCACGGCCGGCCCGUGGAGAGGGAAACAACCCAGUCCUGCCA